AUGCGCAACGGAGGCCACACCAACGAUCCAGUCGUGGAUGAAUGUGUGAAUGGCGGGGACGACAGUUCGACUGCCUCUGCAUAUCCGUGGGAUGGUCUUUGCAAUCGUAUUCUCGCAGCGUAUAAGGAAGGAGAAGAUAUCUCUGUUUUGCAGCUAUUUGAAGAACUCCAGAUGAUGCCAGAACUUGAUGUUCUCAUCCAUACAAAACAGUCUGCUACCGCAACAGAGUUAUCAGAAGAAAAAUUAAAUUUGAUGAAAGAUUAUAGUAACAACUCCGAUUCCGCUGCUUUGGAGAAGGUGGAAUUUUGUUGGGGACGUGCCCUCCUCGCGGCGAAGCGUGUUGCCCACGAUGAUGAUGAACAUAUUGUUUCUAUUGUGGAGAACUUUGAGCAACGCUUUGAGCGUCCGUCUGAUUAUCUGCGUUGCCUGGCGAUCACCGCCGAUGGGGCAUUAGAAGUUCUGCAAAUUCAUCAACUCGUGGAGGGUCGUGUUUCUGCAGAGGCCGUUACGGCUGCAUUACAUAAAUUCCCUUUACGUGAUGCCGCAGAGACACGAGAUCUGCUGGAGUUUAUGCGAGUCAAUGGUGUUCAUCUCACUCGUAGUAUAGCCGAACAAUUGGAGAAGCAUUUUGUUAAACGUAUGAAGACAGAGGAUCCAGAGGAUGUGUUCUGUGAAAUGCGAGAAGCUGGAGUAAAGCCAAUGUCAACACGACCGUAUAAUUUUCUUUUUAUGAAGAAAACACCAUUUAAGCAGAGAGAUUUACUUGGAUAUUAUGAAGAUAUGCUAGACCGUGGUAUUACCCCAGAAAACUCCACCUUCCGUAUUCUCAGUAAACAAACACAACAUGAUGGAUUUGCCAAUCAGCACUUUAGUGCCCUCGCUUGGGGCAACACCGCCCCACAACAACAAAGACGUCGGGAUGAGGCCGAACGCGGUGGAACACAAGUUUUCUUCGCUACACGUCUGGAAGAAUUGGCACGCACUUCACCAGAUACAUCACUGGAUACUGCAUUGCAAGUACUUCGCCGUAUGGAUGUGGAAGGAACACAAUUAACAAAUGGAUCUCCUAUUCUUGGUUCACUAUUACUGUACUUUUGUCAUCCCACGCAGCCAGAGGAUACAGAACGUGUACUACAACUCGCACAGGAUCGAGGUUGUCAUCCCAAUAGUGCCACGGUGCAAAAGUUAUUAAGAGAUACCAGCACCACUCGCUUUGAGCAGGCAGAGAUUGUAUUACAAAAGGUGGUAGAGGCGGGAGAGACAUUACAGGUGGAUUGUGUGGAUUUACUACGAUACUUUGUGAUGAAUAAUAAACGCAGUAAAGCGGUACGGGUCUUUCGUGCUUUUGUAGUUCACCGGUAUCGACAUUCUAAUGAACAAAUUCCCUUUGCUAUUGCUUCUAUGGCAAUGAAACUUGGUCCUUUUAAUUGGGCAUUGGGUGUGUUAUCUAUUUUGUUGGCAUCUGUUGAUAAACCACUCGGUAGAGGUGUUCAAUCACGAAUGCGUUCUGCUGCACAUGAUGUUCGUAGUCGAGAUAUUAUAGAAGUUUUUAAUCGUUGUGAUUGGAAACGUGAACGUCUUCUUUUGGCAGAUGAACUACAAGAACGACCUUUUAAUGGUAGUAGUAACACCACCUCUACCGAAAAUAACAACAAUAGUUCCAACAACAACAAUAACAAUAUCAACAAUGUUAAUGGCGGUGAUUCUGCAUAUACGGGAUCUAAGAGCCAUAAUCGAUUAGAUGGUGGACCAACGUGGAUAAGUGCUAUGCAUAUAGCAUUAAAGGAGAUGAAUGUAGAUCCAAAAGUGAUGGAAGCAUAUAAAGCAAUUCUAACAGAUGCGAUAGAAAAGGCGAGGAGGCAUCAAGGUCACAGUGGAGAACAUGGUAGUGGUAGUGGUGGUGGUGGUGGUGUAAGUUUAAACUCUGGUCACUCUAGGGGGAAGUAA